AUGGCGUCCCCGGCGCUGGCGGCGGCGCUGGCGGCGGCGGCGGCGGCGGCGGGGCCCAACGCGAGCGGCGCCGGCGAGGGGGGCAGCGGCGGGGCCGCCAACGCCUCGGGCGCUGCGCCGGGGGCCGCCUGGGGGCCGCCUGGGGGCCAGUACUCGGCGGGCGCCGUGGCGGGGCUGGCUGCCGUGGUGGGCUUCCUCAUCGUCUUCACCGUGGUGGGCAACGUGCUGGUGGUGAUCGCCGUGCUGACCAGCCGGGCGCUGCGUGCGCCGCAGAACCUCUUCCUGGUGUCGCUGGCCUCGGCCGACAUCCUGGUGGCCACGCUGGUCAUGCCUUUCUCGCUGGCCAACGAGCUCAUGGCCUACUGGUAUUUCGGGCAGGUGUGGUGUGGCGUGUACCUGGCGCUCGACGUGCUCUUCUGCACCUCGUCCAUCGUGCACCUGUGCGCCAUCAGCCUGGACCGCUACUGGUCGGUGACGCAGGCCGUCGAGUACAACCUGAAGCGCACACCGCGCCGCGUCAAGGCGACCAUCGUGGCCGUGUGGCUCAUCUCGGCUGUCAUCUCCUUCCCACCGCUCGUCUCGCUCUACCGCCAGCCCGACAGUGCCGCCUACCCGCAAUGCGGCCUCAACGACGAGACGUGGUACAUCCUAUCCUCCUGCAUCGGCUCCUUCUUCGCGCCCUGUCUCAUCAUGGGCCUGGUCUACGCGCGCAUCUACCGCGUGGCCAAGCUGCGUACGCGCACGCUCAGCGAGAAGCGCGCGCCCGCGGGCCCCGACGGUGCGUCCCCAACCACAGAGAACGGGCUGGGUGCGGCAGCAGGCGCGGGCGAGAAUGGGCACUGCGCGCCCCCGCGCCGCCCGUGCGCCGACGUGGACCCGGAGGACAGCAGCGCGGCGGCUGAGCGGCGGCGGCGCCGGGGUGCGCUGCGGCGGGGCGGGCGGCGGCGCGCGGGCGGAGAGGGGGGCGCGGGCGGCGCCGACGUGCCCGGGCCGGGGCCAGGGGCGACCGAUUCGGGCGCUCUGGCUGCCGCGAGGUCCCCGGGCCCCGGCGGGCGCCUGUCGCGCGCCAGCUCGCGCUCCGUCGAGUUCUUUUUGUCGCGCCGCCGCCGGGCGCGCAGCAGCGUGUGCCGCCGCAAGGUGGCCCAGGCGCGCGAGAAGCGCUUCACCUUCGUGCUGGCGGUGGUCAUGGGCGUGUUCGUGCUCUGCUGGUUCCCCUUCUUCUUCAGCUACAGCCUGUACGGCAUCUGCCGCGAGGCCUGCCAGGUGCCCGACCCGCUCUUCAAGUUCUUUUUCUGGAUCGGCUACUGCAACAGCUCGCUCAACCCGGUCAUCUACACCGUCUUUAACCAGGACUUCCGGCGUUCCUUUAAACACAUCCUCUUCCGACGGAGGAGAAGGGGCUUCAGGCAGUGAGCUGCGAGCCCGGCCCCGCGCAGACCCUGG